UGCCACUCGAUGGCGCCACGACCGCUCCAUGAUUCUCAAAGGAGCGAGACAAGUCAGAUGCAAUGUUGGAGUACGAGGGUUGUAACUUUAUUCGGCAGCGAUUAAUCCUAUCGAUCUUGAGUGGCAAGUCUGUUCGGAUCAGUAAUAUAAGAUAUAAAGAUGACAACCCCGGCUUACGGAAAUUUGAAGCAAGCUUUAUCCGCCUACUCGAUACGUUGACAAACGGUUCAAGGGUUGAGAUAAAUGCGACAGGAACGAGACUGUUCUUUCAACCGGGACUGCUGCUGGGUGGAACCUUCGAACAUGAUUGCAACCCAGAGCGAGGGAUCGGCUACUACUUGGAAGCCCUCAUCUGUCUAGCACCUUUCACAAAGAAACCGAUAAAAGCCACCCUGAAAGGUGUCACAAAUGAUCAGGUCGAUCCUUCCGUGGACUUCAUCAAGGCGACGACGCUGCCUCUCCUUAAGCGAUUCAUCGUCGACGACGAAGGCCUGGAGCUGAAGGUCGUUCGCCGAGGGGCGCCACCGGGCGGCGGCGGCGAGGUGACGUUCUCUUGUCCCAACAAGCAGAAGCUGCGGCCGCUGCAGCUGACGGACGUCGGCAAGGUGCGUCGCGUGCGCGGCGUCGCCUACGCGGCCCGCGUCUCCCCCGCCGUCGCAAACCGAUGCGUCGACGCCGCGCGCUCCGUCCUCAACCGCUUCCUCCCCGACGUCUACAUCUACACGGACCACGCGCGCGGCGCCGCGUCCGGGAAGUCUCCCGGAUUCGGCGUGUCGCUGGUCGCCGAGACGACGGCGGGGACGUUCCUCGGCGCGGAGGUCUCGUCGCACGCCGCCGGGUUGGGUCUGCCUCCCUCCGUGCCCGAGGACCUGGGGAGAGAGGCCGCCCACGCGCUCCUAGAGGAGAUCUACAGCGGAGGGAUCGUCGAUUCGACGAAUCAGGGCGUCGCGCUGCUGCUGAUGGCGCUCGGGCAGCAGGACGUGUCGAAGAUGGUCGUAGGCGCGCUGACGCCGUACACGAUCGAGUUUCUACGUCACGUUCGCGACUUUCUGCACGUGACCUUCAAGAUAGAGGUGCAGACGAAGGCGGAGGAGGAUGACGACGACGGCGACGCGCUGAGGAUGGGCGCGGAGAAGGUCAUGCUGACGUGCGUCGGCGCUGGAUUCACGAACCUGUCGAAAACGGUGCUGUGAUCGCUUUCGCGUCUCUCUGCGAAGUGUUGCGGCCGUAUAGAAAAUAUGUGUAUGUGUGUGUGUCUAUGAUAUUUUAUAAGUAAAUUUCGUAACUGUG